GCAGACAGGACAUUUAAUGCCGCACACCAUGGGUUACAUUAGACGCUCGGUGGUUUUAGUGUUGUUUGUACAGCUGUUCGGUCGUAGUGAACCGAAAACGAUCGUUUACAAUUCAUACUCAAGCAAUCCCACCGAAUCGGAAACCCAACUACAUAAUGCCACACAGCAGUACAAAAUCGCUAGUGAAACGCAACAGCAGCAGCAGCAGCAGCAGCAGGAAGCAAGUGGAUCAUCUGGCAGAGCGUUUUCCAGUAGUGGCAGUGGGGCCAGCUUUCCAUUCUCCAUUCAUCCCGAUUUCCUGUCGAAACCCGUGCAGGUUCCCCGUCCGAACGCUGGCUACAAAACGCCCAAGUACAUUGUCUAUCCGAGCUACUCGAAAACUAGUCCCAACAGCGCCAUUCCAUACUACAACGCUCCUGUCGCAAUGGACCGAUUUGCUCCUGGAGAGGCAUACGGCGGUACCAUCUACAAGCUGAAGAAGCAAAAACAAACCGUCCAAUCGGUACCCUUUGGAUCGAUUCCGGCAGCGUCAUUCAACAGCCCGGUCAGUGUCCCUUCGCCAAGUGUCCUUCGACCCGCUGCUUCCGAUAAUAGUCCGGUCAGUGUAAAGGCACCUUCGGGUCCGCCAUUUACUGAUUCAGCACCGCCGCCAUCGUCGCCCGGAACGCAAGAUAAGCCAAUGUUUAUGCCCACGCCCGUUCCUUCAUCCGGUGAGCUUUGGUCAUCAUCUAACACCACCGAAAAGCCGAAUUCAAAUUCGAGCUCAUCAUCUAACGGUCCACCCGUCCCAACGUCGCCUUCGAAUUCGCUGCCAGACUCGUCCGAAAUCAUCCUAUUCCCACCCAAUUCCCACACUGGAUAUUUACCCCCCGCAAACAAGGCACAAGACAUGAAACGUCCCACAACGAACGCACCCGACGGAAGCUCCUCCAGUACGGUUGUUUACAAACCUUCGAGUGAUCUGUUCCAAUUUCCACCAAACACCAAUGCUAGUUACCUGCCGCCUCCUUUAGAGCGGUCUAAAAAUCCCGUGACUAGCUAUUUGCCACCACCCUCGGGUGAUAUCACCGGGUACGUUAUGAAUAGUCACUCGGAACAGACGGAUUAUAAAGGUUCGCCAGAACUGUUUAAAUUUCCACCCAAUGUAAAUUCCGACUAUCUGCCGCCGGACGGUACAGAUUCGUCAGAACACACCGGUACGAGCUACGGGGCGCCUCCUUCAGGCGAUCCUAGUUCACCUUCCAAUUUGAAACCGGCCAAUAGCAAUGAAUGGAUUCAGCAUCCGACAACUUCACUAGAACCGAACGAACUUCACCGAUUUCCUCCAAACACGAUGGCUAACUAUAUGCCAUCGGGUGGGAACAUUCAACCAGUGCAUUCAGCCACAAGCUAUAUUCCACCACCGUCAGGUGAUCCACACGAGCCAGCCAAUAUGAAACCCUCACAGAUGGGUGUCAUGCGCCCACAAGAUCAUUCUUCUCCUACUGGAGAUACUUUCCGCUUUCCACCCAACGUACUUUCCGACUAUCUUCCUCCUCCGGUGGAAAAGGAUCCACCGAAAGCAACCGAUACUAGUUACCUUCCACCUCCAUCUGGCGAUCCGUACUCCCCUGCCAACUUGCGCCCUUCCAAGCCACCAUCGUUCCCUCAGUCAUACAUCCCACCAGCAGAUUUGUUUAAAUUUCCACCGAAUGUGCAAUCGCAGUACUUGCCUCCCCCGAACAAUCCCCCAAGACAGAACAAUGCUGUGACCAGCUAUCUUCCUCCUGCUUCCGGCAUUCCAGGUGACGAUGCCAUCGGAACCAUAUCAGUUGGUCCGGGCAAGCCACAGUAUUUGCCCCCGAGCUAUUCUGAUAAUGGACCGCCAAUGCCAACUGCACCAGUGCCGAUGCCAAUGAUGCCCAACAAAAUGCCUCCCAUGUCAAUGGCGAUGAUGCAAGCGAUGGGUCCUCCUUCCUCGAUGGAUGGCCCUCCGACAGGACCUUCCGGAAUGGAUGCAGCUUAUUACCAUCACCAUCACGAUCACGAUCAUGAUCACGAUCACCAUUCGCAUGAACAUCAUCAUGAUUUUCCCUACUUCACCGGGUUCGACCACGAUCAUUAUCCGGAUAUUAUUUUCGACCACGACCACCACCAUCACGAUGAGCCAACUACGACACCUCCUCCUCCACCACCGCCGCCAGCACCGGAAACACCUAGGUUGAAAAAUUACAGCUACUACUACCUCAGUCGCACGCUCUGGUAUGUGCCACUGUACUUCACGCUGUACUUUACCUUCUACGUAGCAAUUCUGAUUAUACGAUCCAUCGCUCGACAUAAGGUAAACCUACCGAAUCAAUGGGUCGGCAAUACACGAUCGUUCGGUAGUAUACGCGAUCUAAGUGACAAGGAAACACAGCAAAAGGCAACCAUGAUGGCAACGUUCGCAAUGAAACAGAUAGAGGAUUUUAGAGAAAAAUAUCUUUAA